AGGAGUGAGGAGCAAGGCAAGGAUCUCUCUUGUCCCCGAGCAGAGGGCACCUCGAGCGUGGCAGCCAUGGCAGCCGAAGCCACCACGGCCAACACCCCUGUGAAGAAGGCCGCCGUUAUGGUGCGCCUGCCUCGGCGCCGCAGUGUCGGCCAGAUCUGUCCCCCGCCACGGCGGCCGAUGACUCUGUCCGAGUUGUACCCCGGCUGUGAGAACGAGCGGCUUGGAGUGACCCGUGACAGCAUGCUCCAGAACCAUCUCAUCGCUAAGCCGGAAGUUGGGAAGCCCCGCCGAAGUUGCUACACUCUCCCGGGGUACACUUUCAACUAUGGUUUAUAUUUGCACGGACUCGAUGGCGGCGUCCCCGAAGCCAUCGGCCACUGGAAUUCAAUCAAGCCCCGAGUCCUUUUGGCGAAGGAGAGGCCCCGCGAUUACAAGACCUCUAACAAUAAAGCCAUCAAGGACGGCUUUGUCACAGCACAUGAGAACUACCUGUACUGCAAGAUGAAGGACAUCCGCCUCAACGAAGAUGAUGAGCGGCGCUUCAAGAAGACGCCUCCAAAAGUACCCGUGGACAUGACCUACGGCAGGCCAGCACGGCCCUCCACGCCUUUCUUUCAGCUGCUGCAGCACAAAUACAAAGAGAUUUGGAUGGAUCAGCAAAGAGCCGUCAUCAAAGCCGAGAAGGCCGAGAAAAAGCAAAAGAAACGCAGGGGAAAGACUUACGAUACACGCACGACGCUCCUGAGGAAGUUCCAGCCUCCGAUGCAGGCAGAGCCGCUUUGGCAAAUGCGUCACUUUCAGAAGCUGCCUUUGCCCAUGCCUCACCCCGUCCUUCCAGCUGCCUUUGCCCACGCCUUACGCCCUUCUGAGCUUCAUUCAUCCUCUUUGCCAGCCUCCUCGGAUGGCUACUUUGCGAUCAAAGCUCGGGGCUGCACAGCGGUGGCCAAGGCCAACGGAACAGCUCAGCAAAAAGGCUGGAGAUGCCAAGGGUAA